UUAUAUGUUAAAAAUGUAAUAACAAAUCAUUAAUCUUCAGCUUUGUUAGUUUGUUUUCCAAAGAUGAUGUCUUAGACCAGUAGGUGCAAUUGCCAUAUCCUUGCUGCAGUAUCACAUGACGCAUUGCAUUACCUCAGCCUUUUGUUGGCAGGAGCAGAUGAAAUUGAGUCUUUCAGGAUAGAGCUAGCAGAGAUUGGGAGGAGCAUUAGAGCCUCCUUUCGAAGCCAUGCCUCAAGUUUCCGAAGCACCUCUACUGUCAAUGCCGGAGACAGUAGAAUGGACGAUGAUGAAGAAUAUUAUGACUUGCAAUGGGCUGCGGUUGAGAGACUACCAACUUUUGAGAGGAUCAAAUCAGCUUUGUUUGAUGAUCAUGAUGGCGCAUCGGCAAAAGGAGAUGUUAAGGGGACUAGGGUGGUUGAUGUUACGAAGAUUGGAGCUCAAGAAAGGCGUGUUUUCAUAGAGAAGCUCAUCAAACAUAUUGAGAAUGAUAAUCUUCAGCUGUUGCAGAAAAUUAGAAGAAGAAUAGACAAGGUUGGUGUGAAGUUGCCCACUGUUGAAGUAAGAUACAAGAAUCUUUGUGUGGAAGCAGAGUGUAAGGUAGUUCACGGCAAGCCCCUCCCCACUCUAUGGAAUUCUCUAAAGAGUUUGAUUCCGGACAUUACUGAACUAGUAGGUUCAAAAAAACGUGAAGCGAAGAUAAGCAUCCUCAAAGAUGUCAGUGGCAUUAUUAAGCCGGGAAGAAUGACCUUAUUGCUUGGCCCUCCGGGUUGUGGCAAAACCACAUUACUGAUGGCACUCUCAGGAAAGCUAAGCCAUUCUCUCAAGGUUUCUGGCGAAAUUAGUUACAAUGGUUAUAGACUUGAAGAAUUUGUUCCAGAGAAAACCUCAGCCUAUGUAGGCCAAUAUGAUAUGCAUAUUCCAGAGAUCACUGUAAGGGAAACACUAGAUUUCUCUGCAGGCUGUCAAGGUGUAGGAAGCCGACCCGAGAUUAUGAUGGAAGUUAGUAGAAGAGAAAAGCAGGCAGGAAUAGUCCCGGAUCCUGAUGUAGAUGCUUACAUGAAGGCCAUAUCUGUUAAUGGACUGAAAAGUACACUUCAAACUGACUAUAUUCUAAAGAUACUUGGCCUUGAUAUAUGUGCUGACACGCUGGUUGGAGAUCCCAUAAGAAGAGGAAUAUCUGGUGGUCAAAAGAAAAGGUUAACUACAGGGGAGAUGAUUGUUGGACCUGCAAAAGCUGUUUUCAUGGAUGAAAUAUCUAAUGGCUUAGAUAGUUCCACAACUUUCCAAAUUGUUUCUUGUCUUCAACAUUUUGUGCAUAUAACAGAUGCUACAUCAUUGAUCUCACUUCUUCAGCCUGCACCAGAGACGUUCAAUCUCUUUGAUGAUGUUCUCUUAAUGGCAGAAGGGAAGAUUGUGUAUCAUGGACCAAGAACUUCUAUCCUCCAAUUUUUUGAGGAGUGUGGAUUUAAGUGUCCAGAAAGAAAAGGUGUUGCUGACUUCCUUCAGGAGGUCAUCUCUAGAAAAGAUCAAGCACAGUUUUGGGACGGCACAGAAAAACCAUAUAGCUACUUUUCUGUUGAUCAGUUCAUUGAGAAAUUCAAGGAUUGCCAUCUUGGCAGGAAGCUAGAUGUGGAUCUCUCAGAGCCAUUCGAUAAGUCUCAAAGCCACAGAGAUGCUCUAUCCUUUAAAAGAUACUCAUUACCUAAAUGGGAACUGUUUAAAGCAUGCACAAGGAGGGAAUUUCUUUUAAUGAAAAGGAAUUCUUUCAUUUAUGUUUUCAAAUCAGUUCAGCUAGUCAUCAUUUCUUCUAUAACGAUGACUGUUUUCCUUCGAACUCAAAUGGCUAUUGACACGAUCCAUGCAAAUUAUUAUAUGGGUUCUUUGUUCUUUGCACUUGUGAUACUUCUUGUUGAUGGAUUCCCAGAAUUGUCAAUGACUGUCUCAAGAAUUGUGGUUUUCUACAAACAGAAAGAGUUGUGUUUUUACCCUGCUUGGGCUUAUGCGAUCCCGGCUGCCAUCCUAAAGGUUCCACUUUCGUUCUUGGAGGCUUUUGUUUGGACUGCUCUUACAUACUAUGUUAUUGGUUACAGCCCUGAGGUUGGAAGGUUCUUCCGCCAUUUCCUUCUACUCUUUGCUAUGCACCUAACAUCGAUAUCCUUGUUUCGGUUUAUUGCUUCAGUUUUCCAAACUGUCGGUCCUUCUAUGACAGCUGGUGUUUUAUCAAUAUUGUUUGUUAUGUUAUUUGGUGGCUUUGUUAUGCCAAAGCCUUAUAUGCCAGUUUGGUUGAAGUGGGGAUUUUGGGUGUCUCCUUUGACAUAUGGAGAAAUAGGCAUAACAGUUAAUGAAUUUCUGGCACCUCGGUGGGAAAAGGUGUCUGGAAACACAACUCUUGGGAAACAAGUGCUGGAAAGCCGCGGAUUGCAUUUCGAUGACUAUUUUUAUUGGAUAUCAGUUGGUGCUUUAAUGGGAUUCACAUUACUAUUCAAUAUUGGUUUCACCUUGGCUUUAACUUUCUUGAAGUCUCCUGGAAAGUCUCUUUCUCUUAUUUCUUAUGAAAAGUACCAUCAACUACAAGGACAAAGAGACGACAGAGGCAGUUUAGAUGCAGAGGGAAAAUCCACCGGUGAACCUAAGACUAGUGUAGAACCUAAGAAGGGAAGGAUGGUUUUACCAUUUGAGCCCCUAACUGUUACAUUCCAAGAUGUACAAUACUAUGUUGACACCCCUUUGGAAAUGAGAAAGGGAGGCUUUGAGCAUAACAAGCUCCAGCUCCUAUCUGAUAUUACAGGUGCAUUCAGGCCAGGUGUUCUGACAGCAUUAAUGGGUGUCAGCGGAGCUGGCAAAACAACUCUCAUGGAUGUUCUUUGUGGACGAAAAACCGGUGGUACAAUUGAAGGAGAAAUAAGAAUCAGUGGGUAUCCUAAGGUUCAAGACACAUUUGCAAGGAUAUCAGGCUACUGUGAGCAAAAUGACAUACAUUCUCCACAAAUAACUGUGGAAGAAUCAGUAGUAUAUUCUGCUUGGUUGCGGCUCCCGUCUCAGAUUGAUUCAAAGACCAAAGCAGAAUUUGUAAACGAGGUUCUUGAAACUAUUGAACUUGAUGGGAUUAAAGAUUCCUUAGUAGGCAUGGCAGGAGUUGGUGGUUUAUCCACUGAGCAACGUAAACGGUUGACCCUAGCUGUGGAACUUGUAGCCAAUCCAUCUAUCAUGUUCAUGGAUGAACCAACUUCUGGUUUAGAUGCACGGGCGGCUGCUAUCGUUAUGAGAGCAGUGAAGAAUGUUGUUGCAACAGGAAGAACAGUUGUUUGCACCAUCCAUCAACCAAGUAUUGACAUUUUUGAGGCAUUUGAUGAGUUGAUUCUCAUGAAAAUUGGAGGACGCAUAAUCUAUUCUGGCCAACUUGGACGGCACUCAAGCAUGGUUAUUGAGUAUCUUGAGAGUAUCCCUGGGGUGCCCUCAAUCAAAGACAAUUACAAUCCGGCAACAUGGAUGUUAGAAGUUACUUCAAAAUCUGCAGAAGCUGACCUUGGUAUAGAUUUUGCACAAAUUUAUAGGGAAUCGGCCUUGUAUGAGAAGAACAAGGAGUUAGUCAAGCAAGCGAGUUCACCGUCUCCUGGUUCAAAGGAUUUGGAGUUUCCUACCCGCUAUCCACUAAAUGGUUGGGGGCAGUUCAAAGCGUGCUUUUGGAAACAGAAUUUGUCUUAUUGGAGAAGUCCCUCAUAUAAUCUGGCACGGAUCCUUUUCAUGUGUUUCUCAGCUGUGUUGUUUGGAACACUGUACUGGAAUCAAGGAGAGAAAAUAAAUAACCAGCAGGAGCUCUUCAAUGUGUUUGGUUCAAUGUUCGUGGAAAUAAUCUUCUUUGGCAUUUACAAUAGCACAACAGUUCUACCAUUUGUUGCAACGGAACGGAAUGUUCUGUAUCGAGAAAGAUAUGCAGGAAUGUUCUCUUCAUGGGCCUAUUCAUUCGCACAGGUCCUGGUUGAGGUUCCCUACUCAUUCACUCAAGCAGUUCUUUAUGUGGUCAUCACAUACCCGAUGAUUGGCUACCACUUGUCUGCCUAUAAGAUAUUUUGGUCAUUCUAUAGCAUGUUCUGUGUACUACUAUACUUCAACUACCUAGGGAUGCUGCUGGUGUCCUUGACACCAAAUGUUCAAGUGGCUGCAAUUGUGGCGUCAUCUUCCUACACAAUGCUGAAUUUGUUUUCAGGGUUCAUUGUUCCGGGACCACAAAUCCCAAAGUGGUGGCUCUGGCUGUAUUAUUUGUCUCCUACAUCAUGGGCACUGAACGGAAUGCUUACUUCGCAGUAUGGAGAUGUGCAGAAAGAAAUCGUGGUGUUUGGAGAGACGAAAACUGUUGCUGCUUUUUUAGAAGAUUACUUUGGGUAUCACCACAACCUGUUAGGCCUUGUCGGUGUUGUUCAGCUUCUCUUCCCCAUUGUGUUUGCUUCUCUGUUUGCAUACUUCAUUGGGAAACUAAACUUCCAAAAGAGAUAA